GGAGCCGGGGUUGGACAGUCUGGUUGUGCGCUCUUUUUUUCCCCUCCUUUCAACUUCCCGGUGUAACUUUGAUUACAACUCCAGAAGCUCCCCUGACCAGGCCAUCAGCCUCCAAUGAGAGCCUGCCUACUUCGGCCUUAGGGUAGGCAGGAGAGGGGUGGCCCGCGGGAGGCUGGUUGGAAGCAAGUCCUGAAGUCGCUCCCGCCGCCCUCCCCGCCCUAAGUCCCUCCUCGCUUUAAGGCGGAGGCCGGGAGGGGGCCGACCCCGCCCGCCGGCUCGGCGCGCGGCUCCGGACUCCGGCAUUUCCUCCCCGCUAGCUGGCGCGGCCUCGCCUUCCCUCGGAAGAGGAAACUCCCGGGUCGAGUAACGGGAACCAGCUCAGAGCGGAGCGGCGGGGGACCCCGGGGGCCCAGCGGCGCCGGGAGGGCGGCCCGGGAUCGGAGGCGAGCGCGGCGGGACCAGAAGCUGGCCGCGGGCGGCGCGCCGGGGCGCGGGGCGGGGAGCGCCGCCGGGCCGGACGCCGCGCGCAGCCGGAGCAGGGCGCGGCCGGGAGCCGGGGCGUGUAGAGAGGGCCGCAGCUGGAAGGAACGCUUGAGCUGGGACAAGAGGCCGAGCUGGAGGGUGGCUUUCCCCCGCCCUGCGACGGGAGCGCCGCCGCGGAGACGAAGGAGACCCGGACGGCGGGGCUGCCCGGGCGCUGCGCGCAUGCUGGGCUGGGGGCGCUGCCCGGGCUCGCGCCCUGGGCUGCUCGGCAGUCGCUGCCCCGGACGCCCGGCAUGUCGGUGCACUACACCCUCAAUCUGCGCGUCUUCUGGCCCUUGGUGACCGGCCUGUGCACCGCCCUCGUGUGCCUCUACCAUGUCCUGCGAGGAAGCGGGGGCGCCCGGGCCGAGCCCCCCGACAGCGCGGACGGCGGCUUCCCUCUGCUCAAGGUGGCAGUCCUGCUCCUCCUCGGCUACAUCCUCCUGCGCUGUCGCCACGCUGUCCGGCAGCGCUUCCUGCCUGGAUCUCCCCGCCUGGGGGGCCACUCGGCCUUUUCUCCUGGACACUUCGGAGAGCCCAGCCUCGACAUCUUGCUGGAGAGUUACUAUGAGCACGAGGUGCGCCUGUCGCCGCACGUGCUGGGCCACAGCAAGGCACACGUGAGCCGGAUCGUGGGCGAGCUGGUGCGGGCUGGCCGCGCCCGGGGGUCCCCAGGCCCCAUCCCAGGGGGAGCGCUGGCCUUGGCCUUCCGUGGAGACUUCAUUCAGGUGGGCAGCGCCUACGAGCAGCAUAAAAUUCGCCGGCCCGACAGCUUCGACGUGCUGGUGCCGCUGCGCCUCCCGCCCUUGGUGGCGCUGGAACCUCGGAGCCUGGGCGCGGAGCCCGAGCUGGCCCCAGCGGUCCACGGCUGCUUCGUGUGCGCGCUCAAGGCACCGCCGGGAGCCUCCGGGGGCCAAUGGCUUCGGGACUGCAAACCCUUCGCAGACGGCUUCUGUGUGGAUGUGCGCGGGCGGCGCCACCUCUCGGCCACGCUGGUGCUGCGCUGGUUCCAGUCGCAUCUGCAGCGCUCCCUGGCCACCGUGCGCUAUAGCCUAGAGGGGCGAUGUCGGGUCACCCUGACCCCGGGCAGCCUGGAGCAGCCUCCCACCCUACACAUCCUGCCCUGCCGCACCGAUUAUGGCUGCUGCCGCCUUUCCAUGGCCGUGCGUCUUAUCCCUGCCGUCCAUUUGGGCGACAACGUCUUCCUGGUGGCACCACCGCCGCCACCCUCGCCAGUUGGGCCGAUUUCAGAGCUCCCUGGAGGCCUGCGCGCGGAUGCACUGUGGGGCGUGAACACAGCGCGCCAGGAGCAGAAGCUGCUGAGCUGGCUGCAGGAAAGGGCCCCUCCAGGUGCCUGCUACCUCAAGUGCCUGCAGUUGCUUAAAGCUCUGAGAGACCUGGGCGCCCGCGGGCUGGACCCGACGGCCGCCAUCCAGUGGGGACGUAUCUUGUCCUCAUAUGUGCUCAAGACGGUGCUGCUGGCGGUGCUGCUGCGCGAGGGGGUUCCUGCCCGAGCCUGGGACGAGGUGCACCUGGGCGAGCGCUUGGAAGAGCUAGUAAAAUUCCUUAGGGACUGCCUGCUGCGACGCCGUACGCUCUUCCACUGCGUCCUGGGCCCUGGCGGGGCGGCCGCGGAGGUUGGCCCACUGCCCAAGGUAUUGCGUGAAGCAGCCCCGGUUGACCUCCUGGCCGCUUUCGACAGACAUGCCAGGGAAGUCGCAGCAGCACGGUUGCUGUCCACGUGGCGAAGGCUGCCCCAGCUUCUCCGGGCCUAUGGUGGUCCCCGAUACCUUGCCAGGUGCCCCCCACCCCGGAGUCAGCGCACCCAGGGGUUCCCAGAAGAUGAACCAUAAUCCCUGACAGCGCCCCCACCUGGCCUGGUGCUCCCAAAGCCUGACCCACCAGGUGGGAAUGGGGAUGGCAAUGAAGCCAGUUUAAGGCAAGGAAGAUGGCCUGCAGAAGGUACUGGAACAUUCAGAGGGUGACUUUUGGUGGCUUCAGCAUCACCCCUCGCUCCACAGUCUGGUAGAGUUAUGGCAUCUUCUCUAGAUCCACCAAAGUGUCUUGGGCAAGCUACACAAAGAUCCAGCGUCAGCAGCUAAGAGUUGGUCCAGAUGUUGGUUUGUGUGGGAUGAUUCUGUAGAAAGAUCCAGCUUUUAGGGAAGUAAGAACUAGCUGCUGGAACAGUUCCCUCACCCUCGGGCUCCCCAGUUGAAAGAGGCUAAUGUGGGGUUUUUUGGACACAACUAUUUGGUUAAUUACCCAAAGCCUCAUCCAUCCUCAAGAUUUUCAAACUUUAUUUUUUUUUUUGUAAAUGAAUGGGCAUUGUGUUUAUGGAUUUUAAAAAUACAAUUGUUUUAUUUAAAUGCCAUGCUGAGCAGUUGUUCUCUGUUCAUGGUAACCAAAACCUGAAGCGAUUUCGAUCAGUUUUGAUCACUAUUUAGUUAUCCAAAACAUGUACUGUGUACAAAUGAAAUAAUAUGGCAUAUUAGCCAGGUUUCAUGGUUGCCCAAGGCAUUUAAUGGAAGCUCAGUUUUGUAUUUUAUUAAGGCUCCAGCAUAUGCUUGAUCUGAAAUGUGUACAUUUUUGGUGUAUACUUGGUACUAGAGAUUCCUGUAUGCAAAUAUCCUCAUAUAUAAGAAGGCUCAACAUUGUUCGUGCUUUGAAAAAAAAAAAAAAAAGAUGAAUUGUCCAGCCAGCGCCCAAAGGAAACGUUGUUUUUUGGGAAGAUGACUCAGCCACUUUGCCUUGAGACACCCUUCAGUAACCCCCGCUGGACCAGUCUUGGGAGGCAUCCUGGAAUGCUCGUGGGCUGAGACAAGGAGAUGUUUUUCUGCAAAAUGAAACUGAAGCGGGAAGAAGGGAGAGUGUCAGCAAACCAAGAGAAAUCUGAAGAUUUCAGGAAGGAGGACUCAGAUGGGUGUGAAAGGAAGAGAUGAAAGUAGGGGAGGUGAGGUGGAAAUUGUAGGGUGCGAGAGAGGUUUGGGUGAGGAAGUACAUUUUUAGAUAUGUGCUGUUUCCAACCAGGGGUCGCAAACUCAGCAGCCUGCAGAAGGAGGUUGGGAGGUAAAUGGGGGGGGGGUGAUGGGGAGGGAGCCGUGUUCAGGGGGUCCCCCUGGUUUGGCUCCAUGCAGGGAAAAGGGUAGGGUGGGAAAUUUUUUUUUAAAUCAGGAUUUUUUUUUUUUUUUAAAGGACACGCUCUCAUUUUUCAACCACAUAAUUUAAAAAUAUCCAAAACCCAUGUGGGCCAAAAAUAUAUAUAUAUAUGGUUAAACCUGGGGGCCACCAGUUUGCGACCCCUGCCUUCCACAGUUAAGCCCUCCAGUAUGUAUCAGGUUAUGUUUAUUCUUAUGGAUAUGAGGUUCUUAGUAUGGGGGGGUGAUAUGUCGAGUCUUUAUUUUCAGAGUUAAAGCUUUAUUGUAGAAACAAACCCCCUCAAAUUAACAUGGCCACAGAUAACCCUGGACUCACAAUUCCCAGAAGCAGUCUCCAUCCUGGAGCUUUAGGAGUCAGAUCUUACAUCAAACCCCUGGGGACCAGUUCUUGGCAUUUCCUUCCUGGUGCAGUUGGGGCUAAAGUCCUAGACUCUGUCCCGGGUUUGCAGAUGAGUAAUCAGGAAGGAUUGCAGAAUAACUGGUUUCUUCUUUAUUUGCAUUUUAUUCUUAUUUUUCGAUUGAUUAUUAUUUUUUAAGCAGUUCCUUAGCAAUGAUAGCAGGUGGCCGUGAACACCAGAAAAGCAGUGCUGGUUCUCCGGGCCAAGUUUCUUAUGCUGGUUCCUAGCCCCACUGCCAAAAGCACUGUUUUUGUCUUUGGUUGGUAUGUUUGUGCUUUUUUUGUUUUUGUCCUUUAGGGCCACACCUGCACCAUUUGGAAGUUCCCAGGCUAGGGGUCGAAUCCGAGCCACAGCCACAGCAGUGCGGGAUCCAAGCUGUGUCUGUGACCUACACCACAGCUCAUGGCAACGCUGGAUCCUCAACCCACUGAGUGAGGCCAGGGAUCCAACCAGCAUCCUCAUGGGUACUCAUCAGGUUCAUUACCACUAAGCCACAACGGGAACUCCAAGAGCAUUGUUCUAAUCAAAUAUUUCCAUCCCUUUCUGACUCCGUGGCUCCCACCAAAAUGAACAUCCUCACAUUCUGAAGGAAUUAAAUAAACAGCCUCCAAAAUGUCUCCUUUAACUUCAUGGAGUUAAGUCACUUUUUCUGUAAAAUGUGGCUUUUGACCUUGACAAUGACUUACCCUGUCCACACAGAGGAAGAGUAUUAUCCCUCCGCCAAGUGAUGGGAAAAAUGGGGGAAAAAGUUCAGUGUUAUCAUUUGUGGCGUUUGUUAAUUUUUAAAAAAUUGCAUGUCUUCCUUAGACACUACGGUUUAUUUUAUUUUAUUUUAUUUUUUACACCUACAUAGCACAUGAUUUGGUGGCGAUAAAGCACGUAUACGUUGGGAGUGGACAGAGAUAUGUGCGAUCCUUUAUACAGAGAGAAUAGACUAAAACGUGCAGCUAAGUUAGAUAUAACCCAGUUUUGGAAGUAUCAGACAUUCAGGAAUAUUUUUUAGCACCUUUUGCUUUAAAAAAAAAAAAAAGUGCCUUGAUUCAGUCACUUGACUUUAAAACAUUCCUCUUAGUUUAUUGUUAUUUUUAGGAUGUAUUCUGACCCCAACCUGUGUCAUAGGAUGCAGCCAGUCGGCUGCGAUCAUAGCAUGUGUUCUGUUCCAAUAAUGGACACCAAAGAAGUAAUCAGAUGGGAUUUAGCUGCUACCGUCGUGUGAUUGAAAGGCGUCUUAAUCACACCAGGUGUCCAUGGCCCAGACAGUCGAGGCCUGCCAUUUGUUUUCUAUUUCAGGUCGGAGUAAAUUUGCACUUUUUAAUCAUAUGGGUCAUUGGGGGACCUUGUUCUUUCAUCCUUUGCUUUAUUAAUAAAGGAACUUAUGGGAA